UCACCGUCGACCGGACAAGCGCCUAUGGGAUAAAAACCUCCCGUACCAAAUUUCUCGACACUUAGCGCCUCUUCCCCCCCCGUUAUCUUUCUCCAUGACUGCUGUGGCAUCACCACCUAGUGUGCAAACGGGGCCUCGCGUGGGAUGGUUCGAUACUGGUAACGGAGGACAAGGUGCUUUCUCUUCAAUGGACGCGGAAGAAGUAUCUCGGACAUUUAUGCCGCGCAAGACCGUCCAGAGAUCGAAUUCUUCAUCGUCCCUCCGAUCAAACGGCACUACCUCGACCACGGUUGCCCUGACCGAACAGAACCCGGGCGCCGUACAACCUGCUCCCGAUAAUACCUGGGGCAAGAAGAAACCCGCGAGAAAUCUCUGGCAUACCUCGAACUCCGAGCCGCAGUCCCUUAGGGGCAUCGCGCCUUCCUCGCAACCCAUGCCGGCAUUUUCCUCAGGCCCGGGCGCCAUGUCCGCGGUCCAUCAACCACCCUCCAUUGUUCCUUCCCAGCACAUGAUGCAGCUUUCACAACAACAGAAUGGUCUCCGCGCCGCGAGCGUAUCGCAGGGUGAUCCGCCUGCGAUCUUGACCCUCUUGCCCAUCAACGGUACCUUCGAGAAGAAACAGAUCACUGUCCCUUUUUACCCGGACGUGAUACGCAUCGGCCGACAGACCAAUGCCAAAACAGUGCCUACGCCUGUGAAUGGGUUCUUCGACUCAAAAGUGCUUUCACGACAACACGCCGAGAUUUGGGCGGACAAGACCGGCAAGGUAUGGAUCCGUGACGUCAAAUCGUCCAAUGGCACAUUCGUCAAUGGCAAGCGCCUGUCUCAAGAAAACCGCGAAUCCGAUCCUCAUGAACUGCGUGAAAACGACACUUUAGAACUCGGAAUAGACAUUGUUAGUGAAGAUCAGAAAACUAUUGUCCAUCACAAGGUGUCCGCCAAAGUCGAACAUGCUGGAAUCUAUGCCUCGAUCCCCAACAUCCUCGAUCUCACGUUGGGAGACUUGGAUCCUUCCGCUGGAAACGGGCUUGUUCCGUCGCCGCUCACGCAACCUCUAUUACAAAUUCGCGGUCGGUCAGGUAGUACGAUGAGUAACCGCAGCGCACAGAGUGCCGCAAGUAGUCAGUUCAACGCAUUACAGCAACAGCGUCAGAUGAAUUAUUGGAACUCGCCAAUUUCGAUAGAGCAAGUGGUAAAAAGACUUACAAGCGAAAUGAAGCAGGCCAAACAGCAGUCCCAGGAGCUUCGGCAGACGGAUGAGUUCCUAACGACCUUGAUGAAACCUGGCCAACUAGAGAAAGAAAAGCCCAAACACUCGCCGCCCGAUACAAACGCCGCUCGCGCUAUGAAUGGGAGACCCAAGAUACCCCGUUUAGACUCUUUUUCACGAUUUUCCGAGCCCCCAGCACCUCCGCCACAACAACCGCUUCCCGAAAAGCCGGAUGCUCUACCUCGGAAUGGCACAGACUCUCUCUCGCCCUUGAAGCGUUCUGACACCGAGAAACCUAAGCUUGGUGGCAGCUCGCCUGUCAGCCGCGAUAACAGUCAGAUCCUGUCGCUCAUUGAAGCAUUGUCGUCCGCCAAGCGGGAACUUGACACCCAAGGCGCCCGCGUCAAGGAACUCGAGGCCAUGUUGAUCCAGGAGCGCACCGCCCGCGAGUCCGCUGAAGAGAAGGCUAGAACCUUGGAAAUGCGAACCACCACGAAUGGUUUGCAUGCUACACCGGUGUGCAGCGAUGCCGACCACGAGAACACACAAACCUUGCCUGCGGAGAAGUCGGCGGAGGAGCCGGCUGCCGAAGUCGUGGCUGAGGCUGCGAUUGAAGCAGAACAAGCGGGUGCGCCAGACGUCCGAACUGACGAUAUCCAACAUCGUCUGGAAACGAUGAUCCAGGAAAUGGAGGAAAUGAGAAAGCAGGUUACGAUAUUCAAAGAACAGGCACAGCAUGCGGAGAGCGAACGGAAUGAAGUGCGGAAGUCCCUGGCGGAGAUGAUUGAGACAUUACGACGCGAGCGCGCGGAGCGUGCCGAGGGCGAUGCCAAAGCGGAGGAGUCACGCAAUGGUCAUGUACCCGACACCCCCAUUCCUGAGACGGAAGAUGUCGCCGGCAAGGAUAUCUCUGAGCCGAGCGAACAGCGACUGCAGCCUGCUGCAUCAUCCUGCUUGAAAGGAAGUGACGGGGCAGAUUCGAAACUCGCCGCACCGUCACGCCGACAUGACGUUCUGGAGCAAUCCAGCCCAUUUGCGUCCAUGCUGGGAGUGGUGCUUCUCGGAGUGGGUCUAAUGGCCUACCUAAAUGGCUGGCAGAAAAUGGAUAAAUGAAGAAACUCCUGCCACCACGUUAUGUCUGCUUUGAGCGAAUGGGUUGAACUAUGGUUUUUGUUUCGAAAAGGUCCCUCCGAAAGUUUGUCAUUGGGUGUGUGCUUUAGUGUCUACC